UUAAAAUAUACCGUCAUCGUUGAUCCGUCACCCAGUGUUUUCGAAAUACCAGAGAUCUGCAUUUAUUAACUAAAUAUUGAUAUAAAAUCAUAAUUCUUACAAAGGUAAAGUUAUCAACUGUCCAUUGAUUUGUGUUUCUUUAUUUUUGUUUAUCAAGGCAGAUUAUGACAAUAGUUCAGCAGUAACUAGGUUAAAAGCUAAAGAACACUGCUACAAACUAUGCCGGCUGUCUUAGGAGGUGGAAUAGGUGGCUUAUCAGCUGCUUACUACUUAACCCGUCGCUACGUUAACCCAGUGACGGUUUAUGAAUCAUCUAAUCGUCUUGGAGGUUGGAUUCGUUCCGAGAAUCAUUACGAUGAAAACUUCAUCUUCGAGGCAGGUCCUCGAACCAUUCGCACAAAAGGGCCAGCUGCUUCGAAUACUCUGGAGCUUAUGGAAGAGCUGAAUCUUAACAGGGAAAUCUAUCCCAUUUGUGACUCUCAUCCAGCAGCUAGAAAUCGAAUGGUUUAUGCAAAAGGUCAACUCUGCAUGCUUCCAAACAGCUUAAUGGGGGCCUUCAAAACCCUGCCUCCAUUUACGAAACCGCUCAUAUCGGCUCUGUUUCACGAUCUAAGAGCUGGCAGCAAGAUACAAAAAAACAACGAUGAGUCGAUGUAUGACUUUGUUCAUCGGAGAUUUGGCAAGGAAAUCGCUGAUUAUGCAAUCAGUCCUAUGAUUUGUGGUAUUUGUGCUGGAAAUGCCAAGGAAAUCAGCGUGAGGUUCCUUAUGAAUGACCUUUUUGAUUGGGAACAAAAAUAUGGCGGAGUUAUUAAAGGACUCCUCUUUCGCGACAAAAAGAAGGCAAACAAAAAGCAAGAAUCAGGAGUGUUGCCUAAACUUGCAAAAGAUCAAAAUUGGAGCAUUUAUUCGAUAAAAGGUGGACUCGAGAUGUUACCAAUAACUCUAGGCGGGUACCUUACGAAUUAUUCCGAGAUCAAAUUGAACUCCAAGUGUCAGAAUGUAUCAUUUCAUAAAGAUAAUACUGCGGAAGUGCGCAUAAAUGGAACAAACAUUCCCACUGACCAUGUAGUGAGUUCAUUGCCAGCAUUCAAGCUGGCGAAAGCAGUGGAACUGCAACAUCCAGACUUGGCUGACCGACUGAAUAAAAUACAGUACGUGGACGUGGCAGUUGUUAACCUGCAGUAUAGGUCGCCUGAUUUGUUGGAACAAGAAGCUUUUGGGUUUCUAGUUCCUCCAAUCGAGAAUCUACCAAUUCUGGGGGUGAUAUUCGACAGUUGCUGUUUUAAUAUGCGGGGCAAUACAGUUCUCACAUGCAUGAUGGGUGGACAUUGGUUUGAGAAGCUAUUUGGAAAAAAUCCCACCGAGAAGGACAUUCUUGAUGUGGCAUUGAAGAACGUCCGUGAUAUCCUUGGCAUCGAGAUGCAGCCGAAGACAUCGAGGGUGCACAUAUUGCGCAAGUGUAUUCCUCAAUACACUGUCGGCCAUAAGGCACGAGUGGAUGGAAUUCGAGACUACGUAAAGAAACAUAAGCUGCCAUUGACUCUUUGUGGAUCGGCAUUUGAUGGGGUGGGUGUUAAUGAUGUAAUUUUAUCGUCAAGGAUUCAAGUCGAUCAGAUUGUUGGUAGUAAAUAAAAAGAAUUCUAAUUUUA